GAUAGCCACAGGAGCCUCGACACAGGAGAUGAUAACUUGACAAGACCCACUUCUACAGCCUCGAAGAUCUUCGAGGCGAAGGACGUCGACCAUAUGAAGCACCCAACGAACUUGAUAAAAGGAAAAAGCAUGCCAAGUUUAAGCUGCUUGAUUAACGAGCUGACCGCGGGAGGGUACGUCGGCGAUACUCGCAUCGAGAGGAAACAAAGUCAAUUUUAUAGUCAAUUGUACACAGCGCCGAACCCUAUCAUCACCGUCACUGAGCACACGCCUACUCCAUCCCCGGAUUACAUGAAGCGACAAGGUUCGAUUGACAGUCAAUUAGACGUUAUCAGUACGCACGGUAGUCGUCUAGAUUCUGAAAGGAAACCCAGUCUCACAAGGUCUCAGACAGACUCUAACAUUACUUAUGCUAGUGACGAAAUACCGGAAGCACCUGGCUCUUGUUGUUAUAUUACAAAAGAUGGCGACAUUGAUCUUCAAGUCGUCUUAAAAGCUGUACACUCGGUUGCCUUGAGAGACACAAAUUGUUGUACCUUACGAGUAUGCGAGAAUAUUUUAAACAUGGUAGAACUAUUGAUAGAGAUGGGUGUGAUGAAACAGUGUCUUCGUGACGAAGUUACGGGUAGCAUAGCAGAGUCAGCAACAGUGAUGGAGAGGACAGAGACAGAGAGAGACAGAGAGAGAGGGAAAAAGAAAGAAUCUGCGGAGAACGAGCAAGAAUUCCGCCAAGACACUUCGGAAAAAUCCAAAUUCUCCUCUCACAACCUCCUAAUGAACUGUGUGAUCAGGGUACUGAAGCACCUGGGCUGUCCGCACAACUGUUCCGACGGGAUACGACUGCCACAUGUCGAUUUCUGUCGAUCGCAGGGUCAAACGAUCCUCAGCAAGUUGCACCGAGCCAGCUCGAAACAGUUUUCCCGUUUCCUAAGGUCCAUGGUGCGGGAACAGCCCAUAACGGAGAUUUUGGAAUUCUUUCACGCGUUCGUUGGCUUCUGCGUGGAUCCAAAUCAGAAACGAGGAUCGAGCAAGUCACCGGAGAUAAGCUCGCAGGGAUACGCGACGAACUUCGGCGCCAACUUCAUGGGAACCACCGUAGCUGGCGGCGGUACCGGAAGUUCGCCCGCGCCAGGAGCCACGGGGACAGCAACUGCGAAUGCUACCGGAACUAUGGCCGGAACGUAUGGUUUCAGCAGUCACAGUGCUCGUGGGAUCGAAGGUCAUAUUCUGAAUUACGUUUUCAAGACCCUGGUUACGCGAUUCGUGAAAUCAUUGAAGGAGUUGAAGUCGCAGGAGAACAUAAGUUUGUACUGCGAUCUGCGUCAGUUCAUGUUUUACGUCAAAGAAGUCCAUGGUGGAGCUUUCCGACGUGUCGCGCUAAGUGGCAUCUUGGAUUCUGCGGAUCGACCUAACAAGAGGUGCAAUAGCAACGUCCAAACGACGCGCGUUAUCAGGCAUAUACACCAGUCAGAUUUAGAGGAGCACGCGGAUAUCGGUGGGGAUACGUGUUACACCGUAGACGACAGAGGAACUCGAAAAUUUCUUUUCAAGAAGAGGAGCACAUCUUCGACUUGUGCAAGUCUUCUUGAAACAGAGCUAAGCGAAGAGAAUGCGAAGAUCAGUCAGAGUCCACUGGGAAAUUUGAGAAAGAAGCAUCACAUUCUCACGCCAAGACAGAGUGAACGUAAUUUAGGGAUAGAAUCGUUGAGUUCUGGGAAAAUUCGAAAAUCCACUCGGUUCCAGAUCGGUGGCAUAGUGAAUUGGUUUCGAAGGGAAUAUGGGAGAACUGAUUCCACUGACAGUCACGAAAGCAGCGAGUCUCCAACUGAUGGCAGCUUUGUUAGGCAAUCCAGUUUUCAUUAUGGUCAUCAUCGUAGUGCAUCUAGGUCUGGACGAGGAGUUGGUCUAACACUGCAAAAGGCAAAACGUCGAAUGGAAGAUCAGUUGAACAAAAUUGGUUUUGGGAAGAGCAAGAAGAAGGAGAGCCUGGAAGAGGUACAAGGGAGCUACUUAAGCAGAAGAAAUUCCCUGGAAUUUGGCGAGGCCUCCAGGGAAUCUGAGUUCGUGGUUUUGAAGGAGAGGAGACUGGUACCCAGAAAUGCAGUCUACGAUGGAAUGCUAAGAUUCUCGUUCUUAUUGGAGACAUGCCAACCGGGUUCGGUUCCUGAUCACUAUCUAAUGGCAGCAAUCUUAGAUCUUCCCUAUGCACCAGUGGUGGCAAGAGCGUCUCUGCUUCUGGAGUGCGCUCAUUUUGUUCAUCAGUGCAACAAAGGACAAUGGCCUACGUGGAUAAAAAUGAAUUUCCCCCUGUUUCGCCCCUCAGUUCCUAUCAGCAACCGAAAUACGUCCACCUUGCCAUCGAGAACUCAUCUACUUCAACGUACCGCUGGAAAAUUGUUCUAUCAGUGGGCUGAGUCUAUUGGAGCAAGAUUAGAAGAACUGUUGCUGGAAGAUAAACAAAAUGUCGACCAAGUGAUAUCGAUGGUGUCCGAUGAAGGUAAACAGAGGGAUCUAAUUAUCGAAGACGAGGAAGAAGAUUUCCUCGACGAAGCCAGCAUAAAUGGCUACGGAUCUCAGUGUCCAUUCGCGCUGCGUCUUGCUGCUUGUAUCCUGCUGCUAGAGGUGACAGCGUUCCUGCGAGAAGCUUAUCAGACUUUACUCAAGUCUAACAAGCAGCUAACGAAAGAACGUCCACAACCCUGGGAGAGGAUGUACACCAGAGAAGCGAAUCGAAGAUGGAGCAUGGCUCUGUCGUCGAUGGGCCAUUCUCAAACGUCUGCUCAGAGUCUUCAGUCGAUCGUGGGUGAUCGCGAAGUUGCUCCGGAACGCAAGAUCAGUUUCGUUCUCUAUGAGCCUGACAAUGAGUCAGAGGGCAGUAGCAAGUCAACGGUCACGAUUCAAGGAGAGGAGUACCCAAAUGCAGAGAAGGAGAAGUCGAAACGCGUGCAACCACCACAGAGUCGGCCAUUUCUUCUUCGUCGUGGUACCGCGGAGAACGCUACUGGGUCGUUUAAGAAAAGGAGUUUGAAGUUUCGGCGUGGCACUAAGGAAGGGAAGGACACUGAAUGCGAGGCUUACACAGUGAAACGAGCGGAUUCGAUACAGUCGAAGAGGAAGGUGAGUUCGCUGUCAGACAGAAGCGACACAUCGGAGCCAGGUUUCGGUGGUGAAAUCAGCGGCGAAGAAUCCCCUGGAAUUCUCAUCGACGACCAGCCACCGGAGAGUCCAAGUGACAGUAACGAAACUGACGAGACGAAUAAAAAUUUCCCAUGGAUGAAAGUAUUGGUACAGCUCGCCAAUUCGUUCAACUUCUACUGCUCCCAUCAGAACUUCUGCCAUCCGUAUUGCCACCGACGUCAAAUGCGCGCGUGUAGCAGAUUAAUCAAGUCCAUAAGGAAAAUCUAUGGAGAAGAAUUCGGGAUCCUGAAUGGUACCGGGAUAUUCGACUUCGAUACCGAUAAGAAGGAAGCGGGUAAAAAGGAGAAACGCAGUCGCAAAGUUUCGGAGCAGACCAGUACCCAGGUGUCACCUGUGCGAAGAAAGGACAGCGUGGGGAAGAAAUACAAAAUCGAGAAGAACAUGGACGGCUCCCAGUCAGGCAGACUCACCCAACGAGACCUAUCCAAGGACCUAGUCGACCAGGAUUCGGAGAAAGGGAAGGAAUCUUCUAAAAAAUCGAACAACGAAGACCCCGAGAAAGAAAAUUCAGCGAUUCUAAAAUACCUGAGGACCCAAGUGAAGGACAUAUUCCACGCGCCUCUAGCCACUUUGGUCAAAGGAGCAGUGGUGAUGACGGAGGAACUGUUCGUGGACGUGCUGCCCGUAGCCUGGGAGCUUUUGCUAGAAGCCAACCAGGAGGUGGCAGCUUCCGCAGCCUCUCUCUUCAUAGUCGCUGCCGUGCGUGUUCCGAACCAAGCCAGCGAGCUGAUGCACCAUGGUCUGCAGCACAGCAGCACCAGCGUGCGAAUCAACGCCAUCUUGAGGUUCCAAGUGCUGUGGAAGCUGCGGUACCAGGUCUACUCGCGGAUGGAAGAGAACGCUCAGUCCACCUUCAAGGUGCCUCCGCCUGGAAUAGAGUUCACGUUGCCGUCGCCUAAAAUCGGCAUCGAAUCCCUGCCAGUCGUCGACCCCCCAUGGACACCGGAAGUGAAGACCAAGGUGGAGGAAGUAACCAUCAACCAGGAACAUCAUAGGUCCCUGGUGACGGCAACGAAAACUCGUAAGAAGCAACAAACUGAACUCAUAAAAAAGGCUUUGCAGGCACAAGACGACAAGAAACGUGAAGAAAGGGAAAACUUUUUGAUCACUACCAUACCGAUUACCGUACAAGCAGCAUGCGAGCCACGACCUGUCGCGGAUGAUCACGACGAAGGAAAUGUCGGAGAUGGUGGCGAAGAUGGCGGCGAGACCGUAGAGAAGCCGAGGAACACGUCUCAUCAUGGCCAGUCUGCGACUCCGUUGUUCCCUUCUUCCUUGUGCUCUGCGAUCGUGCAAAUAAUUCAUCUGCUCGACGAUGCUGCUGUUUCAGACGACGGAAGUGCCGUUUACGAAGUUGCAUAUCAAGUGAUCUGGAACUGCCUAGUGGAGGACAGUGCACUGUUCCUCCGCUAUAUCUUGGAACGUCUAACCAGGGAGAAGCAGGAACUGAUGUUUAAGAUAUUGAGACACCUCAUUCGCUUCGUGCCGAAAUUACCUCAACAGGCUGCCUUUGCUUUGUACAAUUAUAUCAUUGGCUAUGUCAUGUUCUAUGUUCGUACUCCGCACGAGGGUGGACAGAAAUUAAUCGGCACUGCUCUUUCCAUAUUAUGGAUGGUGGUGCACAGUGUCCACGGUAUAAUGUUCAAAGAUUUGAAGCAGAUAUUGAGAAAAGAGCAGUGCGACGCUUCGAUUCUCUUAACAGCGAAUAUUCCAUCAGCAAAGAGGAUCGUCGUUCAUGGUCCUCAAGAUCCAGAUGCCGGAGGAAUCCCAUCACAGUUUCCUGUGCAAGAAGACACGCAGUUCUGUCAGAUACUGCGAGAAUCCUUGGACUUCUUCGGCAUCGAGGAGUCCAAGCAACGAGAGUACUUCCUCGUUGACUACAAAACACAUCAAAUUCGCAAUCCAUCGUCGUACGUUCGAGAUUACUACUUCUUUAAAGGUAGAUCGCAAUUUUCGGAGAUCGAGUUGGUUCACAUGAAACCGGAAGACGCGUUUAACGCUCUGCAACGGGAGGAAUUGGUCCACAAGUUCGUCGAAAUCGGGAAGGUGUUGCUAACUUGGGCGAUCUUGAAGAAUGUCGAUAUGGUAGUCCAAAGAGUAGUAUUCCUGCACGAGGAGCUAAUGAAACUGCCAUCUUUUCCGAGAAGAGCUCUGGAAGCAGACUUGGACCUCUACAAAGGUGGUGAAAUCGGUAGAGAGCUUCUUGGUCUAGAUGUGAUGCACAAGUUUAUGUGGGUCAAACUAAUCGCGAGGAUGUUCGAGGCGAUGGCAGGCAAUUUCGCAUACUCAGGGGACAUUCAUCUGUUUCUAAACGUUUUAAACGGCGCGGUAAUUCUGCACAGCGAGGAUUCCUGCAUUUUGCGCUACGUCGUGGCCACGUACAUCAACGCAGCCCAUAACUUCAAGAACAUCUUUUCAACGAAUGGCUAUUUGCUAAUUAUGCCAACGUUGUUACAAUUGUAUUCCACUCAUCAAACGAACAAAUUAGUCACAACUACCGUGGAGUACGCUGUUAAACAAUUCUAUCUCAUGAAUAGAAAACCGUUCAUACUGCAAAUGUUUGGCAGCGUUUCCACCAUAUUGGACACGGAUGAGACUAGUAUUCAUGGAGAAGCUCACAAGGUUCCUUCUACGUGUCUCUUCAACCUACUAUUGAGCCUGGAAACACCAUCACCGGACCCUCUAAACAUAGACGAGUUGGUCAGAGAAGAAAAGCCCUUGAAAGCCAUAGAUUUCUGCUACCACGACGAGAACGAAAUGGUCACUGUAUUAGACUGCAUAUCCCUUUGUGUUAUGGUGAUAGCUUAUGCUCCUGAUUCCGUUCGAGGCCAGCAAAUGCUGAUCAUAUUAGAAGCGAUAUUGCCUUGUUACGUUCAACAAAUACAGUCCCCGACCUACAACAAAGAAGGUAAAACCGAGAAAGAAAUAAUACACCAGCUGGCAGUGGCAGUGAAGACUUUGGUAAAUAAUUCUGAAGCACUUACCAAAUAUUACAACGGGCCGCAGAAGUCGAGUCCAGAGCACAAGGGGUCCAGUCAGAGGAAUUAUGGCAAAGGCCCUUAUUCGCCUGGGUUCGACUUCGAGGACGAGACUCAUGCUACCAAGUACAUGGAGCACUCCAAGGUUCGGACCUUCUACGACAGAGACAACGACGAUGCCGAGAGCUGCCAUAAGAAUGAGUUUCGCCGACCACGAGAUACUUUGUUGAACAUGGUUGGCGAUUUCGUGGCUCGUUGCACGGCUCGUUUGGUGGAACUGAACAAGAAAUCUCAGGAUGGGAAAACGAUCGAGUUGUUAGACUCCAAGUGUCAUAUACGAUUAGCAGACAUCGCGCAUAGCCUGUUGAAGAUAUCUCCAUACGAUGCGAGCACGAUGGGCUGUCGUGGUUUAAGAAGAUACAUGAACGACAUACUGCCUUCGACCGAUUGGUCCAGUGACGACAUGAGGCCUGCGUUAACGAACAUCUUAAGAAGGCUGGACAAAACGUUCAGUAAAAUACAUAAGAAAGCUUCCAUCAGAAGAAACACCGACUGGACUGCUGCAAGCGAUCUUUUGAAAGGCGUCUACGAAACACUGGCCAAAUGCCCUUACAUAGCACAUUUCCAAUACUUGAAAGCACUACUCACCACCUGCCAGUCGUUAAUCGUCGGAGAUACCCCACCAGAGGAUAUGACAUCAGCUUCCUCGGCCGCCUUAAUGAGCAAAAUACCUCCGCCACAUUUUUGCUCCACGGUGCUCCGACUGAUAGCGCUCUACGUCAUAUCUCUCGGAGAAGGAUACUUACACGCAAUGUUCGCCACUCAAACACGAACAGAGAACAUGCUGCUGAACUUAUUGAUACCGUUGUUUCUACGCGUAGGAACUGGAAGAAAAGAUGUGCCGAAGCUAACACAAUCGGAUAUAAAUUUCGCGUUAACGACAGUUUUGAACACCUUGUGGCCACCAUCCACGAAAACGGUCCCAAUGACAGCGCAGAACUUGAAGACAACGACAGACAUGAGAGCUGGUAGCUUGACAUUCGUAGCGAGGGACUCGAAGACUUUGACCAAGACAUCAUUGACGUUGUAUCAGGUUGCUUUUCUAGCCCUGAAGAUAAUGACGAUCUGUUUUGAAACGGAACUGAAGACCGAGUGGCCAAAGAUCCUACGCACGAUGCGGCUGCUGAACAAGCGGAACGAAGCCUCCACUCACCUGUGGAACUUCAUAGAGUUCGUGGUGACACAUCGCACGGCUUUGUACAUUCAAAUGCUUCCAUUCAUCGUGCACAAAAUCGGCCAAGCCCCGAUCUCGGAGCACGAGAGGAAUAUGCAGAGCAUCAUCAGAGCUAAGAUCAACGGAGACACCAAAACGGUACCAAAAUCACGCGGGACAUUAUUGGCGGACCUGAUACACGAGCUGAAGAAUCUGAAAGAGGAAAUAGAAGACCGGAAGUUCGACGAGGUACAAGCGGAACCAAAGAGGAGCGUGGUGGACAUGCACUGCACCGAGGGACAACCUCGUACACAGAGGCUGUCGUUGAUCGAUCUUCUGACCGGGGAUCUUGGAGCCAGGGGUCACAUGAAUCAUCAGUCGAAUUCGAGCAGUACCAUCAAAACAACGCAACCGAGUCAAGUAUCGGCGCCGCCAAAUGGUAUACAGACUGCGCGUGGAUCAAGCACCAGCGGUGGUUCCUCGACUCUCCGCGAGGCGUGCGAUGGCGUGACCGAGCAGCAGCCAGAGCAGCAGCCACCAACAGAUAGAUCCCAACCAUCUUCUACUAGCGAUGAACGUAACCAUGUAAAGCCUCAUCCUAUAUUAACUCAUCAAAAGGCGCCAAAACUGCGCUUUCUCUGUUCCGUAGAGUUUAGGCACUCAUCAGGGGAAACCGUGACAAGCCAACUCAGUCCAACCAGUCCAAACGAGGACAGUUCAGGCGAAUCCCGCCCAGACAAACCUCGAUUACAACGCUCUAUGGGUCAAAGCAAGAAGACUUUUCGAUUGCGAAAGAGUCGAAGAGCGCACGUAGAAACAGUGCCAGUGAAAUCAGAACAAAGUAACAUGUCACAGCCACAAACAACUCAACCAUCGAUUUUAACACCACCUACACCGGUGAUGGAACCUUCAAGCUUCAGUAUCCCCUCCGAUUCGUCGUCUAUUCGAUCGAGAAGAAGUUCGUCUAUUCGUCAAUCGGACUGCGAAAAGGGUACUAUUCUACCAAACGAUCAACAACAGAUGCACAGCAGCCUUCAUCACCAUCAUCAUCAUCACCAUCACCAUCACCAUCACCUUCAUCUUCAAACUUCAGACAUCUCAUGGGACGAAGAUACAUCCAGUACGUCUGGUUAUCGUGAGUCGUACAGUAUGCAAUUGGUGUCGCUAGAAAGCAGCAACAAUAACACUCGUCCAAUUCAAGUACCGCCUUUAGCAUCGCCAGACUUGAACGACAUGCCCUCUACUAGUAGCACUACGACUCACGUUUUCGAGGGAAGCUCGCCAGAUUGCUCUAUCAACGGAAGCGGAGGGGAGAAUACUGCUUUAUUGACGGCUAGUCAAAGAACGACUUCGCAACAUUCUCUGCUGAUGGUAUUUCCGAAUCAGGACGAGGAUACGUUGAUAUAGAUAAUUAACCGAUACAUAGUCGACGUAUACCACGACGAGACUGAUUAAAGGUUGGUUGGUUGGAUUAUUUUAUUUAAGCGGAUGAGCAAAGCCCAUUACGCUAAGUACAAAAACUUUUACAUGUUUAUAACAUAGUUUAUCACUUCACACCAGCAACUUUCCUUGUAACGAAAAUAGAGUUUUCUGAACCAGCUAUUUAUUCUUUGGUAUUAUACAUUCUGGUUAUUACACGAAUGGACAAUAUCCAUCUUCUUCUUAUUGCUACUUAAACAUUACAGAAGAACAAUACUCAUGGAAUGUUUCUAAUUCUAUCGAUACACUCUCUAAUUCUUUUUGUCCUCGCUCGUUCACUCUUUACAAACUAAUUUAAAUUGUAAGAUGGUUUGUUAUGCAUCUACAGACCUCUCUUCGGCGGCUUGUUUCUAAUUUCUAUUGGCUUAUUCACUUCUAUCGUCGUACGUGUACAUUUUUUUGAUUGGCUGCAUCUUCAGUGUGGCGCCCUCUAUUUCAUCUAGUUGCUUAGUUCUGUUUUCUAUUCCCGCCAAUUCCUGGGCGGCUAACGUGGCCCUCCCUUCAUUCCUUUUUAAUUCUCCUUGACCUCUUCAAUUAUUUUAUUGAUUUUCCCAUUUUCUACGCAGACUUCUGGUAUACCUAACAAAUGUCAUAACCAUUCUUCAACAAAGCCUGGACUUCUCCGCCGAUAAAACAGAAACGCUCAUAAAUUACAUUACAGCAAUACGUCCGCUAACUCUUCGACCGCUCAUACCCGACUGAUUAAAGCGUCAAUAACCUCUAAUUGCUAACGGGAUCAGUACAUAUCUAUGUGCUAUCAUUUGCCACUUGGACCGUUUUUAUUUCGAUUUAUAUCAUUUUCUCAAGCAUGUUAAUAAGUAGAACCGUUAAUAGGGAGAGAGUACUAUUUUCUUGACGUAAGUAAAAUGUGAACGACCGUGUGCUGUUGAUUACAAAACAGUUACGUUAGCAGUUAAGGGUUCAACUGAUACACGAUAACGUAGAAAAUUUUUCGUAAUGUAGAACGACUAUAAGUCAAUGAGAUGAUCUAUUACGGUGUUCAGAGUUUUCAAUAAUGUUCUCCGUUGACCGGAAAGACCAAUUAAAAAUACAUAUGUUGAGAGCCUAGCCUCGUGGUCGUGGAAUAUGUACUUUGUAAUACUUCGACGA